AAAACAUAUAAGCUCCUUUCUUAUUGCAAAAAAUAACCGAAAAACAUAAGUUUUUAUGUUGUUGCUUGGCCUCAAUGGUUAUCAUUUCUAUUUGUUCAUGAGAAAUCGUAUGCCUUUUUUGGGAUGAUUUAUUAACCUUCAAUUGGAUAUUACCUCUCUUGGAGAGGGUGAGAGGCACAUCAGGUCAAAAACUUUUACAAUACUAUGCGAAAUAUGUAAAACAUGUCUUUACAAACAUUUUAUCUAAUAUUGCUGAUAAUUGAAGUAUAAAAACAUAUCACAUUGAAAUUUAUUUCAUAAAUCUAACUUCAUAAACUAUUUGUAAAGAUAGUUUGACCAAAUUGGCUCUAUAAAAAAUACUAAUCAGUUUAAUCAUCAACAACUAAUCAUCGCGGAUUUUAGAUUUAUUUUAUAUUUAUAAUUUCUACAUAAAUAUUUUAAAUAUUAAUUCACAUAUAUCUAUAUUAAUAAAGUUGACUAGAAAGUCUCUACAAUGUGCCACGUCAGCGAAGCCUAUUCCUUUUUCUGACACGUGUCCUUAUCCAUCUUCUUCCUACGCUAUUGUUUGGUGGUGUUCACAUAUUAGAUGGGCCUCUCAAUUGAUUGAGCUUAUAGUUCUUCAUGUAUUUGCACAUUUGACCCAUAAGGACAUAGGGUUCCUUCCCCUCUUCUUAGGACUUACAGAGCAACGCUGCCUUGAGUUUCCGAUCAGAUUACAUUGCCGCCUAUCAACAGUCCUGUAACGGCUGCAGUUAUCAUUCACUCACCAUUUUAAAGCAAGCAUUUACGUGUUUUAGAGCACUCCGCCCAUUCUCUCGCAUUCAAUCUUCACCCUCCUUCAAGGCAAUGAUAGGUUCCGUCAAUGCCAUCCGCUUCGGCACUUAUGUGAACUCGAUUAGUGGUAUGGACGUUACAUGGGACAACAUCAACUUCAGACUGUCUUACUCCCCUCUCUCCAGACGCUUCAAUGAUAGCACGGCGUUCACAGAAUUGACGGAAACGGUUAAUCCGAUGGUACCUGAGCAGCUGAGCUGUUCCGGUUUCUCAACAACGACCAGCUACUAGCACUAGCAAACACUAACACACACCUAGCUGGUAUGCUUCUAAACUUAAAAAUCAAAACUAUCGCUUUAGCACAUCUCCACUCUUUUUACCGUGAUCAAUUUUCAAUUUGUCAAAACAUUAUUGGUGAGCUAGCGCAAUCUGGAGCACGUUCGUCGAUGACACAUGCGGCGCACAAUGUAUAAUGACGACACUACGUAUAGGUACGUUUACACAGUUGACUAAACAGAGGUAUCAUUUUCUGCUACAUUUUAUCUCAUUGUGACCAUCAUGACACCCAAUAUCGUUGCAUCUUUACAUGGAUGUUUCUGUUUGCCUAAGUUUGUUCGAUGGACUAGCUCGCGCAUUUCAUUGAAAAUUGGAGAGUUACGGUUCUGAGCCCAAAAUGGUUGUAGCAACCAGCAUUAACCCCACCCGCAAUAGUUGGAGGUUACUAACAAACACAUUCUCAACGCCAUAUCUCAAACCAUAGCAUGAUCAUAAAAUUACGUUCGCUCCAUAUGCAGGCCGGCUAUUUCUCAACGCCAUAUCUGGAACUCAUAUCUACUUUGGCUAAAGCGACAGUUGCAGGGAAGUUGUACUAUGAAAAGUAAGCCAGUAUAAUCCUUAUAUAUACAGACCACCUUGUGGAACUUAUAUGUUAUCUAAUCUGUUUCUGAGCUCAACGAAUAUGUUAUCACAUCCCAACCUCAGGUCACACUUUUAUCCGCCAAAAUUCUUAACACUUAUAGUUGACUCUACUAAUUGUCAUUGUUCUCUUAUGCAUUACAGAGCAUUGAGUUUUUCUGUACAGCAAGGUGACAAGAAUUCAAACAGAUAACGGCUUUUGUUAUACUUCCUGCUCAAAAUGUUCAAAAAAAGCUCCAGCCAGAGGUGUCUUCCUUCUCAUGCAUCGCAUGUGAUGAUUCCAACGCUGUGGAUGUUGUCAGGUUACAUUCAUAUAACUUAUCUUCUUUUUAUAUAUCUUUGUUAUGAAUAUUAAAUUAACUAACACUAAUAUUCGUUUCUGCAUCCCUUCACUGUAUACAGGUAUCGUCUCGAACUAUCCGUCUCAGACCAAACAGACGAAGCUGUCUCACACCAAACAGACGAAGCUGUGUUUGUCACUUUUGAUACGGAGAUACUAAAUCGACAAACUUUCGAGCUGCUGAAGCUGCACAUCUUAUGGUCUGCCCACUGAAGCUGUGUUCAGUUUCUAGAAAAUCUGUUUCCGGUUUGCAGUGUGCAGAUUACCAACCUCUUCCACCAAAAUAUAGGCGUCCAAAGUAGGUGAGAUUUUACGUCAGCUCUCACAAUCAAACAUCUACACCCAUAAAUUGUUGGCGUUAAAGAGUUACUUUCUACUACAUUGCAACAACCGUUUUCUAAAGACAAUUUAAAGUCAGAGAUCAUAAACAUACAUUAUUCAUAAUUUCAAAAACAUACAUUAUUCUUGGCGUGACCUGCACGGGCGAAAUCAUAAACAUACAUUAUUCAUAAUUUCAUAUGUAGACUAGCGAGAUCAUGUUUACUCUCUUCUAAGACAGGCCUAAACCCCAAAAUAAUUAUAAACACCUUAACAAAUUUAAUAAACAGCCCAUCUUGCUAAUCUUGUGCUCAAUGGAAAUUCGAUGUUCACCAUAUGCGGAAAAAAUUGUCCCACCGUUAUUAAUAGGGAAAAUUCAUAAGAAAAUCCUAAUUAAAUUUCAUUAAACCUUUUAAUACUGAAAUCUUUUUGGUAUACAAUUUAAUCCAAACUAAUUAUUGCUCUUUUUUAUUUACUUUAAAAUUCAUUUUAAUACACAAACUUUUUUAUUUUAAUCAAAAAUAUUGAUAAAUUUCAAGAAAAAAUGUAAAAAAUAUCUAAAAUUCAAAAUUAAAUCUAAAUCUAAAUUUUUUCAAAUUUAUGUUGAAUUUUGAAGAUAAAAAUAACUAAACUUUAGAUAAAAUUUAGAAAAUUUUAACUCUGAAUAAUUUUAAUAAUUUCAUUUUAAACUUCAGAAAACAAACUAAAAUUGAAAUUAAAAAUGAUAUUAUAAUGUUCUAAGAUUAUAUACAUUUAGUUACUUUUACUCUUAAUACUUAAAAAAAAAUCAUGAAAUUUUAAAAUUGUUUUGAAUUUUAGAUAUUUUUAGAAUUGUUUUUAAAAAUUUAUUGAUAUUUUUGAUUAAAAACAUAGUUUGAAUAUUAAAAUGAACAUGGUUUUAAAAGUAAUUGUAUCAAAAUGAGCAUAAUAAUAAGUUUGAGUAUUAAACCAAUAGCAAAAAAGUGUGGGUAUUAAAAACUUCACGAAAUUUAGUUGAGAUAUUUUUAUAAAAAUAUUUCUUAUACAGUAGAAACUCUAUAAAUUAAUAUUUUAUAAAUUAAUAAAUACGAUAAAUUAAUAAAUUUCUUUGGUCCCGAACUGAGUCAGUUCAAAAUAUGACACGAAUCAAUAAGAUAAUAAGAUAAUAGUUUUUUAGAAAAUCCUAUGUAAAUAUAUAGUUCCACUAAAAGCAUAACUUAACUAUUUAUAUACGUACAAACAAAAAAUUGUACCAUUUAUUUUAUAUUAACAAUAGAAUUUAUCUAUAUUUUUUAAUAUUUCAAUAUAUUUUGAUAACAUUUAGUAAAUUUAUAGCCAAAAGAACACUUAAAUUCUAUGAAACAUAUUUUAUACACACCAAAUAAUAUAAUAUAAUUAUAACAAUUAGUUUUAAAAAAAAUUUAAUUAAUGUAUAAAUUGUAAAAUCUAAAAAAGAAAGUUUUGUAAAUCAAUAAUUUUAUAAAUAAUAAAAUAUAAUAGUCUCAACAUUAUUAAUCUAUAGAGUUGUUACUGUAAAUGCAAGUAAUAACUUGCCCAAAAAAGGUUUAAAAACUUAAAACACAUAAAGUUAUGGCAGGCCGAUCUUACAAAAUCAACCACUAAAUUAGCAUAGUCAAAUUAUCCUUCUAAUAACACCAUCACUGCACAAAGGUUACGUUACUUUACAUUAAAUUUUUACGGAUAUAAAAACCCAAGCAUUCCACUCCACACUACAUCUCUUCCACCAAAAACUUAAAACAAAAAAUUCAUAUCAGCAACUAUCAAAUAUAAAAGAACUCCCUCAAAAUAUCUAAAGGGGAUAUUAUCAUCUCCCGAUUGCACAACUAAAGCACAAUGAGAAACUAGAUUUAUUUUCUCGUUGUUUACGAUUUUAUUUUUUGUUAAUAAAAAUAAUAUUUACUUGAUAAUACACCUAAUCAAUAUCUUUAUUAACAAAAACUCAUAAAUAAUGCUAAAAUACCCUAUAAAUUAGUAUUAUUAAGAAAAACCUACAAAUUUUAUGUACAAACAAAUAUUAAUAACAACAUUAUAUAAACAUUAACUUAAAUGUCAUAUUACAUUGACUCUUUUAAUAGAUUAUGAUUACGUUGAGAUGAGAGGCUACACAUUUUUCAUGGAGGUACAUAGAAGAUGAAUAAUGGUCAGCAAAUGUUUUUAACUUGGACUUAGAUAUGAUUGUUAUGGUUUUUAAUAGUUUAAGAAACAAUUCAUUUUGUCAUGGCCACACAUGCAUCUAUCUUAUGUUUUGUUAUGACACAUUAUUCUUAUUAUUUACUUUUCUCUACACAGUUACUCUGACAAGGAACUACGAUCUUCAUUGUUUGUAAUUCUCUGUUAACAUUCUUUUUUUUUGAACAACCUCUGUUAACAUUCACUCUCUAGCAUUGGUGGCUUAAAUGCAGAGUUCGUUGACGUGUUCCGAAGAGCAUUUGCUUAUCGUAUAUUUCAUUCUAUUGUGGUUCUCUCUUCGAGCACUUUUGACAAUUAUUGCUAUGUGUUUUGUGUCCCUUUGAAGUUUAUCUUAUGAUCUUGCAAAUUUGGAGAAAAGCAAGAUAAAAGAUGCUUCUUUUUGGACCUUGAUGGCUCGCCAAAUUGGAAAAAUAUUUAUUGAAAAGGAGCCAAAGGUAUAUUUCUCAUUUUCUGACUUUCACAAGAUAAUGAUUUAUCCGCAUAUCUGCUAAAAGUGAGGUUGUUCCGACAACAGAGGGCUUGAAGCUCAAUAUGAGAGAUUUUACCCCUACAAUGAGUGACAUGAAGCUUCAGUUAACUAUUGUUUUGCUUUACUGAGGUUUUGAUUCAAUUUAAGCUUCUAGGUAAUGCUCAUAUAUUUUUCAUGAUGCUGCUUCAAUAAUUUUUGUAAGUCAUUUUGUUUUAGAUUUUAGAUUUUAUUUCAUCACUACAAAAUAUAUAUUAGGCAGAACCGGUUCUGGAUAAAAGAAGGUGAAGCAUAUGCUUUUGGGCCGAUUAGAUUAAAUAUUAUAUUGGGGCCAAUUUGCUUAAUAUUGUCAUUGGUUCAGUGGCUGAGCAUGCUGCUCUAGUGGAUCCUGUAAGAAUCUAAGAUAGAUGGUAGUAUUUGGCAACUUGAUGAAGACAAGUAGAUAGUCUCUUUAGAUUUGCCAGAACCGGUUUUGAUGGUGGCCUAGACGUGCUUUAUCUGGUCCGUUUGAACAAGUGUAACGAGCCAGCUUAUACCAGCCUUAUUCUUUUUUGGAUGCAAACCAACUUUCCGUAGCAUACCAGCCCACAUACUUGCAACUGCCGCAGCAAUUCUCAUAGAAAUCUGUUAUGGUCGUUUUAACAAAACAGAGAAAAAAAUUGUUUCCUUUUACUAAACCGAAAAAGAUUUUGUAGAGAACUUUAAAAAAAUGACAAAAACAAACCUCCCGAAGAGGCUGGGUUGAUUGAGAAAAAUGAACGACAUUUUGUAGAGAACUGCUAGUGGUACUCUUACUUUUACUGUUUAAUACACUUGUUUUAUUAACUUUUGUAUGAAUGGCAAAUUUAAGUGGAUGAAACACUUCGGUGGGCGAUCUGCUUUUUUAUACGCUUCACAUUCAGACACUAUGAUGUCACUAAGAUUAUGUACAUUGUUUAGUUUUUUCAACGCCUAAAUUACACUUCCACCUUUACACAUCAUAUUAUCUUUCUUCUACGUAUACAUCAAAUAUUUAUAUUUCAUUAUAACUUUAAAUAAAAAAUCAACACUUUAUCUAUUUAUUUUUGUUUAAUGUUUCAUAUCUUGAUUUUGUAACUAAAUAAUAACAGUUAAGACAUAAAAAAAAUUCUUUUCAAAAAUUAAUUAUUAUAAAAUUAAAUUAAAUAAAUUACAACUGAAAUUUUAUGAAAUAUUUAACAAAAGUAUAAUGAUUGAAAAUGUUUACAACUUACAAUAAAAGAUUUUUUGUAUAUGUCCAAAUCAUAUGAACCUAGUCUCUAUUAAUAGAUCAUCAAAAGUUAUAAAUUUUGAUAUAGUGUAUUAAAAUAAAUAAAUUAAUUUGCUGUGAAAUAAAUGACUUAUAAUAGGAAAGGUGAAUAUAAAAACUAUAACUAAUAUCAACAACCAAUAAGAAAGCAGUAGAGAUUAUUGUGGACCUUAUUUUCUUGGCUUUCAACAUGUUGAAUAAAUUCAACAGCAAACAAUCCAUGUCAUGUUUUAUUUUUUUUCAACAGGUCCUCUAUAAGCAUUCAACAGUUUAAAGAAAGAUUCAACAGGUCCAUUGUAAGUAGUCUAAAAUGAAAUGUGGUGUUACUAUUCUUUUUUGGAUGCAAACCAACUUUCCGGAGCAUACCAGCCCACAUACUUGUAACUGCCGCAGCAAUUCUCAUAGAAAUCUGUUAUGGUUGUUUUAACAAAACAGAGAAAAAAUUUGUUUCCUUUUACUAAACCGAAAAAGAUUUUGUAGAGAACUUUAAAAAAUGACAAAAACAAACCUCCCGAAGAGGCUGAGUUGAUUGAGAAAAAUGAACGACGUUUAAAAAUGGUAGACUAAUUUCUGAGUAAUCGAGCAAAACGUAGUUAUAUGACAAAGCACAAUUCACAUUUAGAAUUACAGGUAACAUGUGCCCAUAUAACACUAUAAUUAUUAAGGAAUUUUUUUUUGGAGCAAUUACUAAGAAAUUUAGUAUAAGUACUGGGAGCUAUAAUGUAUGGUCUGUAACACACCUUUUUUUCCACGAAUAGUAACACCACAUUUCAUUUUAGACUACUUACAAUGGACCUGUUGAAUCUUUCUUUAAACUGUUGAAAGCUUAUAGAGGACCUGUUGAAAAAAAUAAAACAUGACAUGGAUUGUUUGUUGUUGAAUUUAUUCAACAUGUUGAAAGCCAAGAAAAUAAGGUCCACAAUAAUCUCUACUGCUUUCUUAUUGGUUGUUGAUAUUAGUUAUAGUUUUUAUAUUCACCUUUCUUAUUAUAAGUCAUUUAUUUCACAGCAAAUUAAUUUAUUUAUUUUAAUACACUAUAUCAAAAUUUAUAACUUUUGAUGAUCUAUUAAUAGAGACUAGGUUCAUAUGAUUUGGACAUAUACAAAAAAUCUUUUAUUGUAAGUUGUAAACAUUUUCAAUCAUUAUACUUUUGUUAAAUAUUUCAUAAAAUUUCAGUUGUAAUUUAUUAAAUUUAAUUUUAUAAUAAUUAAUUUUUGAAAAGAAUUUUUUUUAUGUCUGUUAUUAUUUAGUUACAAAAUCAAGAUAUGAAACAUUAAACAAAAAUAAAUAGAUAAAGUGUUGAUUUUUUAUUUAAAGUUAUAGUGAAAUAUAAAUAUUUGAUGUAUACGUGGAAGAAAGAUAAUAUGAUGUGUUAAGGUGGAAGUGUAAUUUAGGCGUUGAGAAAACUAAACAAUGUACAUAAUCUUAGUGACAUCAUAGUGUCUGAAUGGAAAGCGUAUAAAAAAGCAGAUCGCCCACCGAAGUGUUUCAUCCACUUAAAUUUGUCAUUCAUACAAAAGUUAAUAAAACAAGUGUACUAAACAGUAAAAGUAAGAGCAUCACUAGCAGUUAAAAAUAACAAAGGAUUUAUGGUACACAAGCGGUAUAACUCUUCUACCACAAAUAUGAAGUGGACCAAGUGGAUAAAAGACAGACCAGACCACUUAUUUCUUUUGUUAAUUUUGAAAUAUUUUGUAUCAAUAUCAUAGCAUUAUGAAUUUAAUUCAAUUUGGUGGAUUAAAAAACAGUUUUUGAUUCGAUUCACCAGACCAUUUGUUUUUAAGAUUUUAAGAUAUGUUUGGAUUUUAAAUUUUUACAAGAUAUAUAUUUUAUACUUUAUUUUUUAAAUGAGUUAUUCUCUUUCAAAUUUUAUUUAAAACAUUCUAAAAUUUUAUUUAAUAUUACCGUUAAUUAUUAUAUUAUUUUACCUAAAAUUAUAAUUAUUUAUAAGUCAUCCAAUUAUAUAUUUUAAUUUUGAAGCUCAAAAUAAUUACACUGUAAUUUCUUAACAAUGUGUUACUUUCAGAUUUUUUUAAUAUUUUAAAUUUAUUAAGUUAGUUAUAUUAAAUCUUAAACUGUUAUAUUGUUUUAUCAAAACAUAAUUAUUUUUAAAUCAUACAAAGUUAAAUAUAUAUAUAUAUAUAUAUAUAUAUAUUUCAUUUUAAAUCUCUGUAUAUGUAUAUUGAAAAAAACUUCUAUUCUAUUUUAAAUGUAAAAUAUAUAACUUAAUUCUAAAAAUUAAUAUUCAGAAUUAUAAAAUUAAAUAGUAAUAUGAUUUAUUUUUAAUUUGUACAGUAUUUUGGACCACUUUUUAUUCACUUUUACCAUUCAAACAUAUAUUUUGGACCGCUAGAUCCGUUUGAUCCACACUUGUACCGCUAGAUCCGCUUGAUCCACUCUUGUUCUGCUAGAUUUAUUUGAUCCGCUAGAUCCGUGACGCUUGAUCCGUUGUUUCUAUUCGGAGCCAUAAUAUUUGUUCUAUAUGAGCUAAAGUACAACCAUCAACGAGGAUUCUGUGGGCCAUACUCUCCAGUCUUUGAUGUUUUGUUCCUUCAGAAAACGCUACACUUUAUUCGAGAUUCAGGUGAAAUAAAAAAAUAAAUUUACAGUUCUCUUUUUUUCUUUUGAAACACGAAUUUAUAGUUCUCUUUGUUGAUGAGAAUCGUUUUAUCAGAGUUUGUUGCGGGUCCAUUUAUACUUUACAAAAUCUCUAUAAUUUAAGAUCUAAUAAAUAUAUAAAUAAAUACUUUAAAACUAUAUUUAAAAAAAUAGUUUCAAAAAUAAUUUUCAAUUUUUAAAAAGAAAUUUCGAAAAAAAAAUUUAUAAAAAAUUUCAAAUUUGAAAAAGUAUAAUUCGAAAACAGAAUUUUUUUAUUUAAAUAAUUAUUUACUAUACAUAUAUAUAGAACAAGGUUAUAAGAGUCUUUUGCCAUUUAAUGAAGAAGAUAUUUAUGAAAAUGUUUCUUUAGUGGUGGUAAACAUAAAUUAUGGUACCAAGAAAGUAGUAAACAUGAAAAUUUCCCAUUUUUAUAUAAUUUGUUAUUCAUUUUGAUUUAAUCUAAAAUUUAUGUUUCUGUAAUUUUACAAUGUAAAAUGAAUAUCAAUAUGCAAUAUAUGUAAAAUAAAUCAAAUUACAAAUACUUAAAUUAAAAAUGGAUAUAUAAUCUUAUCUAUGUAUAUAUGCAUAUAUAAAGAGUUAUAUUGAACAAAUCUCAUAUGUGCUAUUUUUUUUGUUUUAUGUGCUAUUUUGAAUAAAAAGUUGAUUUAAAAGUACUUUAUCAAUUGUAUAUAUAUUGUUAGAGUAAAAUAUUGCAUGUUUUCUUAAUAUUAUUAAUUAAAAUUCUUUUACAUAUACAAAUUAAUGUUGUAUUAUUAACUGUUCUUAACAAGUUUUAUAACUAUUCUUUAACUAUACAAGAUUUUAAACAUUGUAUAGUUAUUGUUUAUAUAUACAAAUUACAAUAUUUUUCAUAAUUUUAGUUAUUACAGUUUUAAAAUGAUAAUUUUUAUUUUUAUAAUGAAAUUGUUAUUCAAAAAAUUAGAUUUUUUUUUAAAAAAAUAAAAUUUUAUUAAUUUUAUGCAUCAAACCAUAUUUCUGGUUAAAAUAUAUAUUUUACCAAAUAUCCAGACACCGAAUAUCCAAACAUUGAACAUCAAGACGGUGUCUAAAUAAACUGAAUGAUAAAAUUACUAACCAAGACAAAAAAAAAAUCGCAUCACAAUUAUCUUCCAAAUUUCAAAGAUCAAAUUCCUACCCCGUCCUAACUACAACAUGUCUUCGAAAGAAAAUGAAAUAUUUUUAUGUUAUUUAGUUAUGUAACAAAGUUUCAAUAUCUAAAUAUAAAUUUUAUCAUUUAAAUCAAUGACAUUUUUAAAAGUAUUUUAUCAAAUUUUCAUAAUUCUCAUCUGAUUUUUCAUAUAUUUUCCUAUUUUUAGCAUUUAAAAUUUUAUGGUAAGAUAUCUUUUGGAAACUUUUAACUGACUUUAAGAUUUUACCAAUGCUUACCAGCUACAGCUCUUACACAGACACUCUCAACCCAUUUAGUCUUAGACAAUGUAUAAUAGUUAUAAUUAUUCGACACUAGGUGUUUUGUCGGUAGAUACUGAUAUUAUUUUUUAUGAAUAUUUAUUAGUUAAUGCCUUAUUAAUUCAAAAAUCAGAAUAAUUAAUUAUUAUUUAUGUUUUUAAAAUUUUAAAUUAAACAUUAAAUUAUUUUUAUAUAAAUUUUUUAAUCAAAGUAUAUAAGUUUAUUAUUCUUUCAACAAUCUAAUUUAUAUUUUUAACAUUACAUUGUACAUCAUAUUCUCUUUUAUUCCACCUAUUCAUUCAACUUUUGAUCUUACAUUGGUCACUUUAAUUAUUAUUUUCUUUUUGGUAAAAUAAAAUCUUAGUUAUUUGAGACUUGUUGAAGAGAAAACAAAAUUUUGGUGGAUAAAAAAUUAAAUAUUCGAUCUUAAUUUGUUGACACUGAUAAUUCCCAUUUUCUUAUGUGUGUAGUGGAUCCAUUUUUCGUCCAGAUUUUAGUGAAUGUUUUUCUGUCAAUUUAUUUUUGUCAAAGACUAGAUUUUGUGAAUUAUAUAAGUAAACCCCCAGGCUCUUUUUUCAGAAAUAAUUUACACUCUUAAAAUACAAAUUAUAUUUUAAUAUUAUUUACUCACAACCAAAAAUACUUUUCCUAAUUUAGUGAAUAUCGCCAAAAUAUGAGUUUUUUCUACGUCAAAUUAAAAUGUUAAUUAGCACAAAAAUGCUUUAUUCAAAAAUGAUAAAUCUUUUUCUUCCUUUUUGUUGUUGUUAAAUUUUACAGUUUGAAGCUUGUAAAAAACAAUCGAAGUUUAAGAAUAUUUUUUUUUCCUUAAGUCAAUAUUAUAUAUAACUCUGAAAAUAUAAAAAAUCUGUAAACUCAUGUGAAAUUUUAACAUAUUAAACUCUUAAAAAAAUUAUUAUCUUUUUUAAAAAAGUUGUAUUUGCUAAUCUAUGUUUUUUAGAUUACAUAUUAUAACCAUUUUUACGAAGAUAUAAUGUAUAUUAUAACUUUAUUCUAUGUUUUAGGCAGGUUAUUAUACAUAUUAUAAGCUUUCUCUGUAAUCUAUCUAAAUAUAAAAUAUGCUAUCUUAUAUUUUAACCGUCUUUCUUUGUUAUUCAUAGCAUAUAAUUCAUAUUGUAAGCAAUGCACUGAGUGUUACAAAAAAAAAAGCAGUGCACUGUAUUUUAGAUAAAUAUUGAAAUGGUUAAUUUAUAUUCUAUUUUUCACUCUACCAUCUAUUUUCGAUAAAACAAUUAGUUCUUACGUGUAUGCUAUGUUUUAACGGGUUAUAAUUUAUAUUAUACAUGUAUGUUACAGUUUUAUCUUGUUUAGAACAUGUAUUUUAUAUAUUUGGUUUUAAUAUAUAACUAUUAUAAAAUACAUAGUUGUUAUUUACGGUUAAAGCAUUUUGUUAUGCUUUUUAUUUAUAUGUAUUGAAAUUUUUUGAAGUUAUAUACAAUAUUAAUAAUUUUUUAUAGUUUUUGUUUUUAUUUUUAUUUUAUUAAUUUCAUCAGUUUUAUUGUACUUUUAUAUGUUUUACCUGUAUAAUAAUUUGUUUAUAUAUAAUUAAAAUAAGAAAUUAAAUAAUAUUUGAUGAAAUAUCUUUUUUAUCUUUUUACUAUUUUAAUAGAGACAGAAUUGAUUAUAUAUUAUAAAUACAUUUAAAAUAUUGUAUAAAUUACAUAAAUACAAAUACGAAACUAACUUAUAUUUGGAUGAAUAUAUUUUUACUUCUUAAUUUUAUUAAAUAUAAAAUUGAUUAUGUAUUGUAAAUAUAUUUAAAAUAUUGUAAAUUACAUAAAUUAUUAGUUUUAAAAAUAAAUAAAGUAUAAAUUACAUAAAUGUAUAAUUAUUAAACAUAAAAUGUAAUUUAUAAAUUAAAUUAGAGGAUUAUAAAGUUAAUUUUGUAUUAGAAUAAUGAAAUGUAUAGUGAGACAAAAGUAUAAAGUCCUUUUUCAAGACAACAAAAGUGUAAAGUCAAAGGUAUAAAAGGACAAAUAUUUUCUGAAUAUGGCAUUAUUAGCCAAUUUCUCCAUUAAAUAUUAUGUUACCUAUUUUUAUUUUAUUUUAUUGUGCUUCUUAACUCUUAAGAAAUUAUUUGGGAUUAUAAAAAAAAAAGACACAAGUAUCCCGUUGUCUGAAGGGAAAAUAUUUUGACUCUUCGUUACUAGCUGUUUAUUCUUGUUCAAGUUUUCCAUGGCAGAUCGCUCCGGAUCACAAUCUUCUGUCGUCAUAACCAUGAAGGUGGCCACCACGCCGGAGGCACAUUUAGCUUUCACCAACUUGGCUUAUUGCUCACCCUCUGAUCUCUCUCAGUUCGCCAUUCUCGGCACCAAUUUCUUCCUCGCCAACGUCGCUGACGUCUUCACUCUUUCUCUGUCUGGACAUGAGAGCAUCCAAGAUGGAACCAUUGCUCUUAAUGCUGUUCAACGCAGACAAGCUAGAGUUUCUGCUGAUGACAUGGUAACCAUCACCAGAUUCGUUCCUCCUGAAAAAUUUGACCUGAUUUUGCUGGCACUUGAGUUAGAAUUUGUGAAGAAGGGUACUAAAAACGAACAGGUUGAUGCUGUGGUUCUUUCAACCCAACUCAAGAAGAAAUUCAUGUAUCAGGUUUUCACAGUAGGGCAGAGAGUUACAUUUGAGUUUCAUGGAACUAAUUACAUUCUUACUGUCAACCGAGCGGUUAUAGAGGCUGAUGGGAGCCAAACAAAUGGUAUCGAAAGAGGGAUGAUCUUUAACGAUACAUAUUUUGUGUUUGAAGCAUCAAAUGCAAGUGGUAUAAAGAUUAUGAACCAACGAGAGGCUGCUACUCGAAAAAUAUUUAAAGAAAAGGAGUUUUUCAACAAUUUGUCUCUCGAGAUUGGUGGCUUAAAUGCAGUUUUUGUUGAUUUAUUCCGAAGAGCAUUUUCUUAUCGGAUAUUGCCUCCUUAUCUCAGGGACAGACUUGGAAGAAAGCAGGUGAAAGGGGUGCUUCUUUAUGGACCUCCCGGUACUGGCAAGACCUUGAUGGCCCGCCAAAUUGGAAAAAUGCUAAAUGGAAAGGAGCCGAAGAUUGUGAAUGGUCCUGAGGUGCUAAACAAGUUUGUGGGUGAGACAGAAAAGAAUAUCAGAGACCUGUUUGCUGAUGCUGAGAAUGACCAGAGAACCCAUGGUGAUGAUAGUGAGCUCCAUGUCAUUAUUUUCGAUGAAAUCGAUGCUAUUUGUAAGUCAAGAGGAUCAAGCAGCGAUGGUACAGGUGUCCAUGACAGUAUUGUAAACCAGCUCCUGACAAAGAUAGAUGGUGUGGAGGCCUUGAACAAUGUCUUACUUAUUGGAAUGACAAACCGGAAGGAUAUGCUUGAUGAAGCUCUUCUAAGGUCUGGAAGGUUAGAAGUUCAUAUUGAGAUUGGCCUCCCUGAUGAAGCUGGACGUGUACAAAUUCUUCAUAUUCAUACCAAAAUGCUGAAGGAAAAUUCUUUCCUUGCUCCUGAUGUUAAUCUCCAAGAGCUUGCUGCUCAGACAAAGAACUAUAGUGGUGCUGAGCUUGAAGGUGUUGUGAAAAGUGCAACAUCAUAUGCUUUGUUCAGACAUUUGAACAUGGAAGAUCUUUCCAACCCAGUGGAUGAAGAGAAUAUUAAAAUUACUAUGGAGGAUUUUCGUCAAGGAUUACGUGAAGUUAUGCCUGCAUUUGGAGCCUCUCCUAAGGCCCUUCAAAACUGCAGACCCAAGGGAUUUGUGGACUGUGGUGAUCGGCAAAAUCUCAUCUACAAAAGAAUCAUGUUUCUUGUUGAGCAAGUUUCCAACGAAACAAGUCCUCCAGUCACUUGCCUUCUUAAGGGACCUAGUGGAAGUGGGAAAACUGCUUUAGCUGCGACCAUUGGCAUAGACAGUAACUUCCCAUAUGUUAAAAUAGUCUCAGCAGAGACCAUGGCUGGUCUUCAGGAAAGCACAAAAGCUGCGCGCAUUGCUAAGGUCUUUGAGGAUGCAUACAAAUCACCAUUGAGUAUUGUUAUCCUUGACAAUAUUGAAAGGCUGUUGGAAUAUUCAGAAAUUGGACCACGAUUUUCAAACAUGAUCCUUCAAACAUUAUUGAUAUAUCUCAACCAGCUUCCCAAAGAGGGGAGCAAACUUCUUGUACUUGGUACAACAAGUGAAUUAACUUUCUUGAAAGCUGUUGGUUUGCGCAAAGCUUUUUCUGUCACAUAUGAUGUUCCUUUACUUAGGACAGAGGAUGCCAAGAAGGUGCUAAAGCAACUAAACGUGUUCUCAGAUGAUGAUAUGGAAGAAGCUUCCAAAGCCCUCAAUGAUAUUCCAAUCAAGAAGCUGUACUUUCUUAUCGAGAUGGCAGCACAAAGAGAUGGCAGGUCUAAAGAGACAAUCUACACCAGAAAGGAGAAACUGGACCUCGCCCAUUUCUUUGAUUGCCUUGAGGAAGUUACAGAAAAUUAGGAUUCAGUACUUAAGUUAAGAUAUUCAUAUUGAUGUUGUGUAAUAAAAUCGUACUAAUCAGGACAGUGAGGAGUGACUCUCAUGUUGCGAGAUUUGGUUCAGUUUCGUAUUUGAAUAUUAAACUCUAUUUACUAAUAAUUCUAUUGUGAUAUUGGAUCUGUUCAAAAUAGUUUCUUGUAAUAUUAUGAUGUAUUUUAAAGAGAUUCCUCAAACCCUGGUUAUAUUUACAAGGAUCCAACCAUAUCUAUGGUCAAUAGCCCAGGCUAAGCCAUUUUAUACGCACAAAUGCAGCUGUCAAACCAAAUCCAAAAUUUUAAAACGUAUUAGAACAUUAGAAUAACUAUAUCCCCUAUAUCUAAUUGAAUUUUUGUUUUUAUUAACCUAUGAAUGUUAAUAUAUUUAUAUUAUUUUAAAAUUUUAAAUCUUUACUAUAUAAAAAAGCUAUUUUUGGAGCUUCUAAAGGAUGCCACGUCGGCUCAAAUAUUUCCGAACAAUCAAGUUUACAUGUCAGUCUCUUCCCAGACUUCUUUUCAGCUAUACCCAUUAUACAUAUACGACGGCCCAUAAUAUAUUUCAUAUUUUGUUAGAGCCCAAUUAACAAUACUUCUUCAAAGCUCCUUAAUUAAUCAUCCAAACAAAACUUGGAGCACCUCUCCGCAUCCUCUCUCUCUCAAUCGAUAAUAGCUAUGUCUCUUCAAAUUACCUUCAUUACUCACACAUCCCCCUCUUCAAAAAAAAUAUCUCCAUAAAAAUAAAAAUCCAAACAGAAUAGAAACAACCUCACGAAUAAGCUUCAUGUAACAAGAACACACAAAAAAAAAAGGGCUGAAUCAAGAGCUUUCAUCAUGGCCUAAAGAGAAAGACAUUGAAAGACAUAGAGGGGGUUGAAUCCAGAGAGGUUGAAUCGUAACAGAGGUUGAUUUGAGUCAAGCUCUGUAUGUAGAUCUUAUGAAUUAUCACUACUGAAGGGUUGAAUCGAAGAAAGAGAUGAUUGUUGCGAGCGUGACGGUGGUGGUCACGACUCCGGUGAAGACUGAGACAAGCCAAGACGGAUCUGAGAAGCGAUGGUGGUGGAGGUGGUGACAAGCUAUGGCGGAUGGGAGAGAUGGCGAUCAUGGUGGUGGUGACGAGCGACGAUGUUACCGUCACUGCAACUCCGACAGAAGCUCCUUCGUGGCUUCGUCUUCUCCUCCACUAAUACUCUUCAAUCUCAAUUUGAGAACCCAAAUCACGUUAGCAACGCCAACACAUACGUGAACAAAAAAAAAAACCAAAUAUUUUGGUGCCAAAUGUGUUUUUUUCACCAAGUAUUUGGCGCUCAUAAGUGUUACAGAGAUAAAAAUUAGAUUUUUGACUGCUCGCUUCAUAAAAAUCCUACAAAAUACUGUAUAGCAUUGAUUUAGCGCUACAAUAGAAUGAGACAUCCCAGCUAGCCACUUUUAGUAGCAGUUUGUGAAUUCAUGCUACCGUGAUAUGCUAUCAAUACCUACAUUUCUUGCAGUGUACAUAAUGAAUUAUCUUAUUAUCGUUAGAUUUUGUUUACAUCAAAAAAUGUAAAUGGUUUGUUUACUUUACACUUGGUGUUCUGCAUAAAUAUAAAUUAGCACCUUAUGACAGUCAUUGUACAACAGUGAUUAUAUAUUUUCCAGUCUCCAGUCUUAAUUGCUGUGAUUCAAAUCCGACUUUGGUCUGGUUUGUCAUUUAGUUGACCUAUGUUGUGGGAGCCUAUUUUUUUUUUUUAUGUAUUGUAGGUACCAAACACAAGGGACAUAUUUAAGCUCACAAGCGGGUAAUCGACCUCUUCAGCUCUUUGGAAGUAAUGAAGCAGAUCACUUCAUCACUCUUGAGCCUGGUAUUGCCAAAAAUGUUUCUUAGUGCAUGUGGUUUAGUUUACAAAUUGUCUUUGAAUUUCUACGACUUUGUCUUCACUUCCCAAAUCAAUAAAUGCGUCUUCACUUC